CUGUUGCAGUUUGAAAUUGUCUUCCGUCUGGAUCAGUCUUAAAAAAAGAUUUAAUUUCGGAGGAGAUGGCAAAAAAUGUACCAUCCAUCUCGAGAGAGAGAAAAAUUAACAUCCUGAGCAGCAUUCUUGCGCAGGCCCCUCCUGGCGAGUUCAGUGAAGUGGUCAAUGAUAUGCGGGUUUUGCUGAAUGAUGAUGAAUUGAUAUGUGAGAACAUAGAACAAAUCACUGCAAAAUAUAACUUGGAACAAUUUACUCCUGUUGAAAUAAUGGAGCACAAAGAAAAGGUGCUAAUCACCGAGUAUGGUAACCUUGGGAAUGGAUACUUUGUGGACCCAAUGCAGAAGAUUUCAUUCAAGUUUGAUCACUUGAACAAAAAUGUUUCUGAUAUCCAGCCAUGUGCCUUAGAUAUUUCUGUAGAGAGUUGGAGGAGAGCUAUAGAAUGUGCACUCAUCAAUUAUGUAAAGAAGUACUACCCAGAUGGAAACUGCACAGUUUAUGGACAAGCAUAUGGCAACCACUGCCAAGUUAUCACUGCCUGUAUUGAAUCUCAUAAAUAUCAGAGACAUGAGUUCUGGAAUGGCUCUUGGAAAUCUGAAUGGAAGCUCAUGCUCUGCCCACCAAAUGCUGAAGUCAUGGGGACAAUUAAGGUGCAGGCUCAUUACUUUGAGGAGGGUAAUAUCAAUUUGACCAACAAUGUUGAAGUGAAACAAAACCUUGCUCUAAAGAAUGAAAGUGAAGGAGCUGCAGAGUUUGUGAAAGUUAUUGAAAAUGCUGACACUGAAUUUCAGGUUGGUCUAAUGGAGAAUUAUCAGAAGUUGGAUUGUCUGCUUAAGGGUCUUCGGCGCCAACUGCCAUUUACACACACAACAAUUGAUUGGAACAAAAUCAUCAAUGCCAAGAUCGUCAGAGAGAUAGACCUAGCACAGGCAUUAAGAGAGUCUAAACCUGAACGUCUGAAUUUUCACUGA